GUCAACGUAGCCUAGCUUUGAUAUAGCUAUAGCUCAUUCCGCAUAGAAAUUUAAGCGAAGUAACAGCUAGUAGAACUCAAGAAAAAAUGUUAUUUACAUGUUUUUUGUGCUACACGACUUUAGUCACAAUUUUAUUAAUUCUCUAUGUUCUAUUUGAUGUUAAUUACUUUAUUAGAAUUGCUUUUACUAUUGGGUAUGGAAAAUUGUUCGAAAAAAAGAAACGGGUCGAUGAUACCACAGUCGUAUAUGGAUUGGUUACCACCCAAGACGUGGACAUAUUUUUCAAACACAUGAACAACGCGCGUUACGUGCGAGAUUUAGAUUUUGCCCGAUUUCAUUUUUACGAAAGAACCGGCAUCUACGAUGAAAUAAAAAAAUCCAACGGACACGUAUUGCAAACUGCUUCUAACAUAAGAUACAGAAGGACCAUACCUAUUUUUCAACCAUAUAAAAUCACCACCAAAAUAAUGUAUUGGGACGAAAAGACUUUGUUUAUUGAGCAACAAUUUAUCACUUUAAGUGAUGGCUUUAUUAGGGCUAUAGUGCACAGCAAACAGGGCACCAUUGGGCUUAACGUUUCCGAAAUAAUGGCAAAAUUAACUGGAAAAGAUGUUUCUUAUAGACCUACACCUCCAGCGGAACUGCAAGACUGGCUAACAUCAAUUGAAAAGUCCAGCCAAAGGCUAAGAAAGAAAGACUGAAAUUUAUUACCAUUGUUGUUGUUUUUUUUGUAUUAAUUAAGUUAUAAUUUGGUGACUGUAUGUGUUAUUUUCUAUGUUUUAUAAAUUAAUAAACAUUAUAUU